AGUCGUCGCUCAUGCUUCACAUAAAGCUUCAGUCACCACUAAAGUCUUAUGCGCUUUUCUAGUACUUACUUCUUUUUAGUGCCAAAUUCGUGUAUUACAAACAAAGUGAAUGAGGACUAAGUGAACACCUUGAUAAACAAAAAUACAGUUUUAUUUGGCACGAUCUAAAAACAGCUUCGUACCGUCUCGCGGUCUGAAAUAAAAAACUAAUAUUUUAUAAUGGAGGUUGAUCUAAAAAACAAAAUUGUUGUUGUAACGGGUGGCGCUACCGGAAUUGGAUAUAGCAUUGCCGAGAAUUUCUCUAAGCAAUCCGCCACUGUCAUUAUACUGGACCUCAACGAGGAUACAGGUAAACAAGCUAUCGAACGUUUGGGAAUCGAUAAAACUGUAUUCGUGAAAUGCGAUUUGAAAACUGAUAUAGACAGGGCGUUCAAUGAAAUCGUUGAGAAAUACAAACGCAUCGAUGUUCUAGUCAACAACGCUGGUGUUGGAGGUACAGACUACAAAACAUGCAUAGAUAUAAACUUUACAGCAUGUGUAACACUAAGUUUGAAACUGUACCAUUAUAAUAUGAGCCGUGAUGAAAGGACAGAGAGCACAAUUAUAAAUAUUUCUUCGAUUAUGGGCUACCGGAUUUCACAAUUUAGUCCAAUAUAUCAAGCAACGAAAGCCGGCAUGAUUACCUUCACCAGAUCGUUGGGUCACGAGGAGAAUCUUCAAAAGUCUGGCGUUCGCGUUGUGGCUCUGUGCCCUGGCUUCACUAAAACUAAUUUAACUAGACCCUUUUUCGAAGAGGACACUAGUUCAAUUCCUGCGGAUUUAUUGGCAUAUGCAAUGGCGCACACCUGGCAAGAACCAAGCGACGUCGGGUCCGCAUCUCUGGAAGUAUUCAAGAGAGCACCGAGCGGUUCUAUUUGGUUGAUCGAAGGUGGGAACCUUGAAGAGAUUCUUUUUCAAAAUUGAACCAUGAUCAACUUUACUCGAAACUAGCGACCCGCCCUCGCUUCGCUUCGGAAAUUGUAAUUUAUUAUUAAUUUCUCCACUAUUUAAUGGAUGUUAUUAUGUAUAUAAACCUUCCUCUUCAAUCACUCUAUCUAUUAAAAAAAACCGCAUCAAAAUCCGUUGCGUAGUUUCAAAAAUUUAAGCAUACAUAGGGACAGAGAAAGCGACUUUGUUUUAUACUAUGUAGUGAUAUUAUUUAAUGAAGUAAAGUGAACAUUAAAUGUAACUAAGUAUUUAGGUGUUUAGUACAUAGUACGUGAGGUCAUGUUUCACUGAUUUCCUACAUAUUUACAGAAAUUCUGUAAAAAAAUCGUUACUUGUAACAAUAAUAAAGCCUGUCUAUUUUGA